GCGUCCCUGUCCUAACUCCGUCAGUGUUGUGUCAAUCAUUUGGGUCACACUCUCAUUUGACUUUGGAAACCUCUGAGUGUCAUCUGUCAGGGGUUGGCAGACAUGUCAGGGAGAUAUCAUUCAUAUGUCUGUGAUCUUACUAUAAAUCUCCAUCUCAUAUUUUAUUUUGGGGGGGGGGGCCCAACAAGCAGAAGCCACAUGAUUUUCAUCCCGUUGACUCAAAUUCUCCUCCGCUGUCUGAAGUCCAGCCCUCGACCAGGCCACUCUUCCCCCACUUUCAUGUGCUCCACUCAACUUUGCGCUCCACCCAUGAGCCGCACAUCACCAGACAGGCGCGCCUAGUCGCUCUCCUGCUCCCUGCGUGACAACUUAUUGCCCAGCCGGAGGCGGCGAGACGGUCACAGCCCCCCCCCCCCCCCCCCCCCACCACCAUCCUCCUCGGAGCAACCACCCGGUCUGCCGUGGGAGCAGCAGUCGGCGCGCUGAGCCAGGAGCUAACCGGUAGCCGUCUGUCUGUCUCUGUCCGCCAGACGUGGGACACCGAGGCGAGGGGCAGAGCUCGUUCCAGCACGCGGCACUUCUCCAUGGCUCUGUGCAACGGAGACAGCAAGCUGGAGAUCAGCAGCGCAGAGCAGAAUGGGUCAUGCGAGGGGGCGGUUGCGAUCCUGGACGCCGGGGCCCAGUACGGCAAAGUGAUCGACAGGCGGGUGCGAGAGCUGAGUGUACGCUCCGAGAUCCUCCCUUUAGAGACCCCGGCCUUUGCUCUCAGAGAACAGGGCUACAGGGCAAUCAUUAUUUCAGGAGGUCCAGCCUCUGUGUAUGCAGAAGAUGCCCCCUGGUUUGACCCUGCCAUCUUCACUAUAGGAAAGCCCGUCCUUGGGAUUUGCUAUGGGAUGCAGAUGAUGAAUAAAGUUUUUGGCGGCACGGUGCACAAAAAGAGUGUAAGGGAAGAUGGAGUGUUCAGCAUCGGACUGGACAACACUUGUUCUCUCUUCAGGGGGCUCCAGAAAGAGGAACUGGUCCUUCUGACCCAUGGAGACAGUGUGGAUAAAGUCGCUGAUGGCUUUAAAGUGGUGGCCCAAUCAGGGAACAUCAUUGCUGGUAUCGCUAAUGAACAGAAGAAGCUUUACGGGACCCAAUUUCACCCUGAAGUUGACUUGACGGAGCGAGGCGUUGAAAUGCUGCGCAACUUCCUCUUUGAGAUUGCAGGAUGCACAAGUAACUUCACUGUACAGAACCGCCAGCAGACCUGCAUCAAUGAGAUUCGAGAAAAAGUUGACAAAUCUAAAGUGCUGGUGCUGCUGAGUGGUGGAGUGGACUCCACAGUGUGCACAGCCCUGCUCAACAAGGCUCUGAACCAGGACCAGGUGAUAGCGGUUCACAUUGACAAUGGCUUCAUGAGGAAGAGGGAGAGUCAGAGUGUGGAGGAGGCCCUCACCAAGCUGGGCAUCAAACUCAAAGUGGUAAAUGCGGCUCACACCUUCUACAACGGAACAACAACCCUUCCCAUCUCUGACGAGGACAGGACGCCACGGAAACGCAUCAGCAAGACCUUGAAUAUGACCACCAACCCUGAGGAGAAAAGGAAAAUUAUUGGAGACACAUUUGUCAAAGUGGCCAAUGAAGUGAUAGGCGAGAUGAACCUGAAGCCAGAAGAGGUUUUACUGGCCCAGGGUACCCUGAGGCCCGAUCUCAUCGAGAGUGCCUCUCAUCUCGCCAGCGGCAAAGCAGAGGUCAUCAAAACACACCACAACGACACGGAGCUCAUCCGCAAACUCAGAGACGAGGGAAAAGUAAUCGAACCGCUGAAAGAUUUCCACAAGGAUGAGGUCAGAGCGCUGGGGAGGGAGCUGGGCCUGCCAGAAGAGAUCGUCUCUCGACACCCUUUCCCUGGUCCCGGUUUGUCCAUCAGAGUGAUUUGUGCAGAGGAACCAUACGUCUGUAAGGAUUUUGCUGAAACAAACAACAUCCUCAAAAUCAUCACAGACUUCUCUGCAAGUGUCAAAAAGCCCCACACCUUGCUGCAGAGAGUCAAGUCUUGCAUAUCGGACGAGGAGGAGGAGAAGCUCAUGCAGAUCACCAGCCUUCAUUCACUCAAUGCCUUCCUGCUGCCCAUCAAAACUGUCGGCGUCCAGGGGGAUUGCCGAUCCUACAGUUACGUGUGCGGCAUCACAAGCAAAGAAUCUCCACACUGGGAAUCCCUCAUGUUCCUGGCCAGACUCAUCCCUCGCAUCUGCCAUAGCAUCAAUAGAGUUGUGUAUGUAUUUGGGUCCCAUGUGAAGGAGCCUCCUACAGACAUUACUCCGACCUUCCUGACCACAGGGGUCCUGAGCACGCUCAGGCAGGCUGACUUCGUAGCUCACUCUAUUCUUAGAGAGUCCGGCUUCUCCGGUAAGAUCAGCCAGAUGCCGGUCAUCCUGACCCCCCUGCACUUUGACCGUGACCCACUGCAAAAGCAGCCAUCCUGCCGGCGCUCUGUGGUGGUCCGCACCUUCAUCACCAGCGACUUCAUGACCGGAAUCGCUGCAAUGCCUGGCAACCACAUCCCAGAGGAGGUGGUGCUGAAGAUGGUGAAUGAGAUCAAGAAGAUCCCAGGCAUCUCCAGAGUCAUGUAUGAUCUGACCUCCAAACCACCGGGCACCACAGAGUGGGAGUAAAACACCACGUCACAUUACACCGAUAGGUCACACACAAUGCACAAACACACUCAACAGAUAUCAGAGAGGGCUGGUGAACGCCUCUCCUUCUUUUCUGUCCUUCCUCCCUUCCCAACCUGUCUACUCCUCUCCCCACUCCUCACCCCUCUCCCCUUCCACCUCGCUCUCUUUAACAUUCCCACAGAAGGCAGAUCGUACUGUGACGGGCGCAUAUGCAAAGGCGCUACCGCUCUGCUCUCCCCACCACUCCUCUCCGGUCUUAAUAUUUUUUGUUGAUAGGGAUUGAUUAAUAUCGGUUAUUGAUAAUGUGUUGUUAUUUUUGAUCCAUGUUUUUCCUCUCUAUGACGAAAGGAUGAAUUGCUGCUUCCUUGUGUGAGGUAAACCAUUAAAGUGGCGAGAAGCUGUGAAAGUCCAGAGAGUGGACUUGAUGUUGUGCCUCAGGUUAUGGAUGAGCUAAACAUGAAAUAAGCAAACAGUAGUGUGAUGAAAAGACAAAGCAGCAGGAGGAGGAUUUGAAACUCUUCAAUUGUUUUCUGCCUUUUUUCUUUUUUUUUGUCUGAUGUUUUCGUUGUUUUAUUGUAUGGCAGAAAAUAUUCUCCGCCUAAGACUAUCCUCUAUUGGUUCAUUUUCAGUUUCUGCCUGUAAACUGUGCUCUGACGAAGGUUGUCUGAGCAGACGUAAAACUGAACAGGCAACCUGUUUGACCAAUCAAUUUUGCCAAAAGUAGACUAUGCUGUGGAUAUAUACAUAUAUAUACACAUAUAUAUAUAUAUAUGUACAGUAACAUUGUGGGCUCCUCUGGCGAUCGUGCUGUCCCCACUGUGGACAGCAGCCAACGAGAAUAGCUUCAGUAUGAUGAUUGGUGUGCAGCUGUGCAGGAGGCCGAUAUGAUGGGUAACUUUUUGUGCCUGUUCUAUUGUUUUUUUUGUUUGUUGUUAAUUUUAUUUUUUCUUUGGUGUGACCCAACCUGGACUUCGAUGUUUCCAGAAACGAGGAGGUAAUACUGUUCCUCCUUAUGCUGCAGUACAUAUGCUCUAAAUGAAGACUUAAACAUGGCAGAAGACUAAUAACAAAAUGAUAAUUACCGUAGGGUUUAUAUGAACACAUUGUGUAAAUUGUUUUUGUCACUUCAUCAUUAUUUGGUUGCCCUUCUGUUGUGCAGGGGCAAAUAUUUUUUGCACGUCUUCUUUUUUUCACCCAUAAAUCCACAUCAAACAUCCAAUGGGAACUUAACCGUAUUAAGUGUCGCUGUGUAGUGUCAAAGGUCAAGGUUAAGAAUACUGUCGAUGCCAUCUCUAACAUCACCUUGUCUCAGAAUGGCAUUUUUGUGUCACUUGUUUCUGUUCUGUACAGUCAAAAAUCUACAGCACAUCAUGAAUCUCUAGUCUUCAGUCUUGUCGUUUAGACCUCAGUGAAUACAGGGCUCAGGUUUAACUGAGUUUUAAAAAGUGUAUCGUAACCCGUUAGAGACGUUUCACUCAGACAUGGCGGUUCUCCCGCCUCCAAAAUUUGUCUUUGUGCCUCGCAUCCUCCGUUAUGAUCCUCGUCCUUCUCAUCUAGUGGCAAAAUACUCCAAAAUGCAAAAAUGAUUGGUUUUCCUGAGUCGUCUCGACUGCUCUUAGUGUUUCUCCCUCGGUUCUGCCUUUUGUACGCGUGGAUUUUAUGUUGCAUAUGUCUCUAUAGAAAACAACAGCUUGAUAAUAAUGGACAGACUUUUGUAGUUGGAUUUAAUUGCAAUAUUGAUAAGAUUAAGUUAUGCAACUCCUGAUGUUUUUUGUUUUUUAUUUUUGUUCAACAAUGCUCGUUCUCCUUAGUAAUGUGCCUCAAACCAAGCCACUGCAUGCAGUUUCAACCAUGACGACAUUUGUACAAUGGAAAACUGAGCUUUAAUAAAGAUCUCCAUGUUGAAACUUC